CUUGCUGAGCUAUCUCUAUUGUUGCUUCUUUCAGUGAGUCAGUUCACCCUAUAUGGAAUUUUAAAGGGUAAUAAACCAGAUUUUCAUGUUGCUAUGCCACCACACAAAGCAAAGCCUUUUUAUGAGUCACUUGUUGAAAAAUUUCGCAAGGCAUACACUUCAGAUGCAGUUAAAGAUGGUGUUUUUGGAGCAAUGAUGAAGGUUAAUUUGGUAAAUGAUGGUCCAGUCACAAUGCAACUUGAUUCAUCACAAUCACGUGUUGGCGCUUCACUGGAAGAUGGGGAACAUGAUCUACCAUUGUGA